GCAGAAAAACAUCAAUAUAACCUAACUUUACCGGUACGCGCAAGAUCUGAUAUUAAUCGUUAAAUUGGCGAAUGUUCUAUGUGAAUUUUUUUGUUAUAAAAGUGACAAAGUAGUUUAUUUUCGUUUUAAAUGCUAUAUUUCGUGUAAUGUAACUAUUUGGACGUAGUGUUUGUUUGCCGACAUUGAAUUUUUAGGUUUUUGAUUUGUUAUUUUUUAUUUUAAACAAAAAUUGGUAUGGUAUGAUAUGAUGGAGGAUUUUUGCGCAGAGGCAAAGCAAUGGAGCUAAGCACAAAAAGACCUACUCUAUACAAAAACGUUGACUUCAUAGAAAAAGGAAAAGUUUAAAUGUUUUUUAUCUUGAUAAUUUAUUUAUGCCAAAAAACUAUUUAAGUGGUUACCUAUCCUAGAAAUGCAGAUGUAGGAGCCAAAGGUGAAAAAGCGAUGUGUAGAUACAUCAAAUGUUUUUUCUCCGGACCAGAGAACAAAGUUAUACAGCACAUGAUCAAAGAACAUGGAUAUAAACUAACUAAUAAAAACGAAACAAAAAUAAAAAAUAUAUCCUGUGUGUACUGUGAGUUUAGAACGAGUGAAAGGCGAAGUUUGCAAAACCACGUAUAUAGAAAACAUAAGGAACAAAAUGAUUUGGAAAAAAAAGUUGCAGUACAAGUAAAGACUCACUAUUGUGUGUACUGUGACUUUACGGCCUUCCAAAACCGAAAUUUGCAGAUACACAUUUAUAAGAAGCAUAAAGAACAAAAUGAGUUGGAAAAUAAAGUAGCUUUGAACAUAAAAAUGUACCCUUGUACGUACUGUGAUUUCACGGCAGUGGAAAAUCAGAAGCUGCAAAGUCACAUCUUUAACAAACAUAAAGAACAAAAUAAGUUAGAAAAUAAAGUAGCUAUAAAAACUCACCCUUGUAUUUAUUGCAAGUUUACCACCAUGAAAAAAGGAAAUUUGCAGAGGCACAUUUUUGUAAACCAUAGACAACAAAACGACUUAAAAAACAAAGUGGAAAUAAACAUAAAAACUUACUCUUGUGAAUUCUGCGACUUCUCAACGGUAGAACAUGAAAAGCUGCAAAAUCACAUAUACAGAAAACAUAAAGAACAAACACAAGUAGCAAUAAAAACUUACUCUUGUGUGUACUGUGACUUUAAAACAGUAGAAAACCAAAGGCUUCAAUACCACGUCUUCAGCAAACAUAAAGAACAAAAUGAGCUGGAAAAUAAAGUAGAAUUAAACAUAAAAACUCAUUUGUGUGUGUACUGUGACUUUAGCACAGUGAAAAACCGCAAUUUACAAUUCCACGUCUAUAACAAACAUAAAGAACAAAAUAAGGUGGAAAAUAAAGUGGAAUUAAACAUAAAAACGUACUCUUGUGUUUUCUGUGACUAUACAACAGUGGAAAAUCAAAGGUUGCAAAACCACAUCUAUAAAAAACAUAAAGAAUAAAAUUACUUUGCAUCUUAUCAAUCAUUACAAGAACACAAGUGCACGAGACCAUUAAGUAUUAAAAAUUUAUCAGGGUUUGCUAAAACGUAUUUAACUGUGACGUCAUAACUGCCUGACUGCGAAAUAUAUAUAUAUGUAUAUAUAUAUAUAUAUUUCGGUUAUUAAGGUUAUUUUAUAACUCACAAAUUAACAUUCAAAUUGACAUUUGACAGCCCUGAUAGAAUAAGGUUUAUUUUUUACAAAAGAGGAGUAAAAUGAUUGUUCUUACCACUUUGAGGUCUCUUUUAAGGCUUACAAGUCUCUCUGUAAGAAACACAACGUUUAAAACGAUUAUUAAUCUGUACCAACCCAAAGCACAAGAAUUGUAAACAACAAAAAUGGCCGUCAUUGUAUGAUGUGCAGUGUUGCAGUGAUUUUUAGUAUUUUUAGUACGAGAUCGAACAGACCUUAAUGUGUGGAUUGUGAGUUUUUGUUGGUCGUAGGUCAAGUAUGGUAUUCAAUGGUUAUAAAUGUCUUUAUGCGCUCCUUUAUUAAAAACUUGCUCCGCAAGCUAUGCUUACUUAAAAUAUAAUAUAAUAAUAUUACAAAUUAAUUUAUAGACAAUUAUUUUAUUCUAAAAAUUGAGAGGUAAUUUUUGUAUUUUAACACAUGUUCAUUUUAUAGUAAAUUAUUAUAAGAGAGAUAAUGCAGGCUAUUAUUUACAAGGAUGUCGCUAGACGAGAGACGCAAAUCAUCCGAGUAAAUAAUGCGCAUAAUCUCAAGUAAUUAAAGUUAAAGUUAUUAAAUAUUAUUAUAGUCGCCUCCUCUAAAUUUGGUUUAAAUCACAGUAAACAUGGAAAUCGGCCAGUCAAUGAUGCCUAACAACGUGAAUAAUGAGUUCAUUAUUCACGUUGUUAGGCGCGGCGGUUUUAAUGGUCUUCAUUGUAUAUGGAAAAAAUCCAAUAUUAUAGAAUAUGUAAUUAAAACUUUUUUUGUUAAAACUAAAUUUAAAUUGUAAAAGUAUUUGUUUUUAUUUUAGAAUAAAAAUAUAUCUAGAAUUAUAUGGAGUUUUAUUUACUUGGUAAAAUAAC